AUGUUCCCUAAUAGCAUGGCUAGAGGAAGAGGAGGACGUGGAAUGGGACGGGGAGGUGUUGGAAGAGGUGGUGUGCCUUUUAAAGUUCAAAAAUUUGUUCCAAGGCACCCAUUUGAUAUGGUUCUUUGUGAACCAGCAUUCCCUCGCGUGAAACCUGCUGUAAACGAUGAAGUAUUUACCCAGGCUUUACUGAAGAGGAAUACUGAUUUAACACCAUCACCACAGGAACAAGCAGCAGUUUUGAAUUUGGUCACAAAAAUUCAAACCAUCUUUGAUAAUUUGAUAGUUGCCCCUGGAAAUUUUGAUGCUUGUCAAGUAGAUGAGUCCAGGCAGGUUGGUUCAUUUAAAAAAGGAACAAUGCUCACUGGAAAAAAUGUAGCUGACAUAGUUGUGAUACUUAAAACAUUGCCUACGAAAGAAUGUGUUGGUGCUCUUGGAAACAGGGUUAUUGAAGAUCUUAGAACUGCUAAUCCAAAAGAAGUUUUAGGAAUGUCAGUUAAUGAGCAAGGAUUUGAUGUCAGUAAUAAUGAUGCAACAGUCCGGGUACUUGUAACUACAGUUCAUCAAAAUCUCCGGAAAUUGGAUCCAGAAUUACAUAUGGAAUAUAAAAUUUUACAGAGACAUUUAGCAGCAAUAAGACAUAGCCGUUGGUUCGAAGAAAAUGCCCAGCAUUCUUCUGUUAAAGUCCUGAUAAGAUUAUUGAGAGAUUUGAGAAAUAGGUUUGAGGGCUUUGAACCUCUUAACCCAUGGAUGAUUGAUCUUCUUGCUCACAGUUCUAUAAUGAAUAAUCCAAGUCGACAAGCACUUCCUGUUAAUAUUGCUUUUAGAAGAGUACUUCAGCUUCUUGCUUCUGGGCUAUUUUUACCUGGAUCAUCUAGUAUUGCUGAUCCCUUUGAAACUAACAAUGUUAGAAUUCACACAUCAAUGACUCUUGAACAACAAGAUGUUGUUUGCUUGACUGCCCAAACUUUAAUCAGAGUUCUUGCAGUUGCUGGCUACAAGCCGAUACUUGAUGGUGAUUCUUCUUUAAUUGCUGAAACUACUCAGUGGAAUGGAAUUGUAAUUUCUCCUCUUGACAAAGCAUAUGAAAAACCACCCGAAACUAAACCAGGUGAAGCAGAAGAUAUGGAAUCGGAAGCUGCUGAAGAAAUGGAAACAGCAGAUCCUUAA